ACAUGUUUUUAUUGUUACUUGAAUAAGGCAAAAUAUGUAUUUAAAUACACUUUAAUUUUCCGACAUUACUUGAAUAACCCCAUAAAAAACCCCGAAAAAAUUUUUUUUUUGUGAAAAUAACCAGAAAAAUACAUGUUAAAACAAUUUUGUGAACAAAAAACUAAAAAAUAUUUUUUUUGCAGAGAUGAAUCCCACGUGAACGUCGAAUUUCCACGCCGCCUCGUCGAACGGAAUUUCAGAAGAAUCGCAUGUGACACGUGCAAGGAGGCGUCGGCUCACUGGAUGAUCGUCGACCACGACAAUCUGCUUCCCAACUCGCCAGGCUAUCUGUGCUCUUCGUGCUACAAGGAAUUCUGUUUCGACGUGAACGGCAACAAAGUGUGCCAGUUUAAGGCCGUACCGUAUUGCGAUCGAAAGGACAUUGGCGACGGACGCCAAUUCUUCACCGAGCUCGAUCUUUAGAGAGCGAAAUUUAAAAUUCUGUAUCAUUUUUUGUUGUUUUUUUUUAUGUUUUUCGAUUUGAUUGUUUAAUUAUCAAUUUUUGGCCUGUAACUGUGUAUUUGUUGAAAUUCCAAAUUUCGUUUUUUUUUUAAAUAAAAUUUCUGUGUGCAAAAAAAUUUAUCCAAUAAAUAAACGGAAUAUAU